AUGUUCCUGAUAUGGCUGGGACUUGUGCCAAUGAUGGGUUUUUGUGUCAGCACAGCCCAUGCAGGCAACUUGAUACUCCAUAUGGACACUGUGAUUGAAAUUCUGAACGAUGUGGAAUUCCACUUGAACGGGACCCCAGACCUAACUAUAGCAGAGCUGUACCAGGAAUUGGAGUUGUGUAAUAGUAAAAUUUGCCAGUUUGUUCUUGGUCCAGUGACUUCCAGGACCUUUGACUUGCCUUACCUGAGUAAGGCAAAGAGAACAUUCUUAAAAAAUCUAGUGAAUCAUACAUUUGAUGGCUCCCAAGUGGAACAUGGGGUAGUCUUAACUCCUGAUGGAACCACAGUUUCAAUUAGUCCUUUACUUGCUGGAAUCGCAGCUGGAUUCAGAAUGAAAAAUGAGUUGUCUCUGUACGAGAAACCUUUGACCACUGGCCCUCCAAACAGUUCUGGAGAAGAAUCACAGCUUUCUUUGGAUCUCCUUAUUUCCACUAUUUCAAUGGACCUUGGAAUGACUUUUCUCUUCUUUUACUCUAAGCAGAGCCAGGUAGCCCUGGGACCAAAUGGCUGUUGGGAUAGUAUCUCUGAACCCUGUACUUUUACCUUAAUGGGUCCUCCCUCAUAUAUGCCUGAUGCUGUUAUCAAUGGUGCAAUGGAUGGUUUUAUUUUGGGCACUUACUUGGUAGAGAAGGUUGAUCUACCAUCCAAUAUCAGUGUUCUGCUGAAUGACUAUUAUGGCUCUAAGGGCCUGGAUGGGGAAGAAAAAAUGCGGAGCAACUUCCGCAGAAAAUUUUUUGCAGCACUGCUGAGUAAAGAAAAGCUACAGGAGCAGGUAGAAAAUGCUCUGCGCCUUCUCUGGAAGAUGAAUGAAGCCAGCUCCCUCUUUGAAGAAAUCACAGACAAAGAAUUGACAUUUCUGGCAAAACAAGCUGUUGAUGAGUUCAUGACGAUGUAUGUAGAAUGUCCUGCCAUAAUUCCACGAUGCAUAUGGGGGGCCCGUCCUUAUAAAGGAACACCCACUCAACUUAAGCUGCCCUUAGGAUUUGUCUACAUCCACCACACCAGCACCCCUUCUAAGCCAUGCCGAACCUUCUCCUCAUGUGCAGCUGACAUGCGAAACAUGCAGCGAUUCCACCAAGAUGACCGUGGUUGGGAUGACAUUGGCUACAGCUUUGUUUUUGGCAGUGAUGGCUACCUCUACCAAGGCCGGGGCUGGCACUGGGUAGGAGCUCACACCCGGGGGUACAAUAGCAAAGGGUACGGCAUCAGUUUCAUUGGAGACUACAUGAAGGUCCUCCCAGACUCCUAUGAGCUGGAGCUGAUGAAGAACAACUUCAUUCAGUGCUCAGUGAAGGGUGCCAGGCUGCAGGCCAACUACACCAUCCAUGGACACCGACAGAUGGUGCCCACCUUAUGCCCAGGAGACAGACUUUUCCAGGAGAUAGAAACAUGGAAAGGUUUCAAAACAAGAUGCUUUAUAGACAAGUAUGGCAAUAAGCUUUGUAUCUAAUAUGCAGCCUGGAA